AUGAGUAUCCAUGAGAAUGUACAAGAUUAUUACGGACGACAAUUGAAAACUUCGGCCGACUUGAAAACUGAUGCCUGUUGUUCAAAAGCACGUGUGCCAAAGUUUAUCAGUACGAUUCUUGAGAAGAUCCAUGAAGAAGUCAAAAUGAAAUAUUACGGAUGCGGCUUAGUUUUUCCGCCGAAAUUGGAAGGAUGUCGAGUGUUAGAUCUUGGCUCGGGAGCUGGUCGUGAUGUUUAUAUCCUAUCGAGUCUUGUUGGUGAACAAGGCUAUGUCAUUGGUGUUGAUAUGACCAAAGAACAAUUGGAAACAGCGAAUCGCUUCAUUGAUUAUCACACGCAAGUAUUUGGUAUGACUACACCAAAUGUUGAGUUUCGUCAAGGUCGAAUUGAACAACUGAUCGAUGAUACCAAGUUGAAAACGGAUACUUUCGAUGUUGUUGUAUCCAAUUGUGUUGUCAAUCUUAGUCCCGAUAAGAAGAAAGUUUUGCAACAGGUGUACGAGAUAUUAAAACCUGGUGGUGAAUUUUAUUUCAGCGAUGUCUACGCUGAUCGACCGAUUCCCGAUGUACUACGACAAGAUAAGAUUCUUUGGGGUGAAUGUCUUAGUGGAGCAAUGUGCGAAAAUGAUUUGAUUACAGAUGCACUGAAUAUGGGUUUUACACGGCCUCUAUUAGUCGCUCAGCAACCUAUUUGUAUCAACAAUACGGAAUUACAAAAACUAAUUGGUGAUAUCAAGUUUACAUCACGUACGUACCGGUUAUUUAAAGACAAAUCAAUUGAAAACUCAACAUCGGACGCUCUGGUAACCUACGAAACGCCAAUGGUCCAUUAUGAAGAUGCAUUUCAACUGACUGAGUCCAUCACAUUCAAAUUUGGUGAUCAAGGACAAUACUUGAAUGCUGAACUUGUUCGGAUGCUCCGUAUUUCUCGAUACAAUGAACAUUUCCGAUUUGACUCUGUCACCGAUGAGAAAAAAGCAACGCAAUCAAAUCACUCGUCGAUACAAGCAGAUGCAUCAUCAUCGAGCUGUUGUUGUCGUUCAGAAACCUGUUAG